ACCGUCACUGUUGCACUCCACUCCAGCAGGUGGUGAUGUUGUAAAAAUGUGUUUCGAAAAAGAGCAUGUGGAACUGGAAAAACACUUGCUAGCAGCUACUCAGCUAGUUAUAACUACAGAAUGUUGCCUAACAUAAAAUCAUUGAGAAUGUUGCUUAAUAUGCGAUUAAAAGAGGCUGUCGAUGAGCUAUUCGGGGCAGUUGAAUCAACGAUAGCAGAGUACCAGCAAGAAUUAUACCGUUCAAAAGAGGAGAAAGACCGAACGAUAGCAGAGUACAAGGAAAAAGUGUCCCGUUCGGAAGAAGAGAACGCCCGGCUACAGAGGCUGCUGGAUUUUGUUCUUAAACCAGAAAUAAGGUUACAGAGACUUGAAGACCUCCAGCAGCUCACUCUCUCCAUCUCUGAAGAGGAGGUUCCCCUUGAGCAGCAGCACUGCAAGCAGGAUUGUAGUCCCGGUCUGGGGCAGGGGGACCCUUCCCAGAUUAAAGUGGAACAGGAGGACCUAUGGGUCAUCAAUCAGGGACGAGAGCAGCUUCAAGCGAUGGAUUAUGAUACUGAUGACACAGAUGAUUCUGCUGAUACAGAAGCCUUCAUAUCUACUGCCAGAGUCAAAUGUGACUAUAAUCAGAACACAAAUCAGUCCUCUCAUUUUUACCAAAUAUUAACCCAACGUGAAGAAAACACAGAGAGGGAUGAGCUACCCAGCACCACAACGCAAAUUGAACAGAUAAAAACGGAGUUCCUCAGUGACUCUCAGCCCCCCUCUGCAGUCAAUUCAGACUGGUCUGAAACUCAGAGUGAGAGCGGUGAAAGUGUUGAUCGGAUGGAGAGUGAAGGACCUCUACUCAAGUCAAAGAGAACACAGACUAAAGCUGGACCAAGCUUCCAUGUCUGUUGUCACAUCUGAAAUCCCCUAUCUCCAGUAAUGCUGUUAGUCAUUGUAGAAUAUGUGCAAAACCUUAUCACAGUGACGUAUCUAGUGAUUCAUGCCCAUAGACAUGCACAGCUAUUUCGGUGUGGUAUCUGCGGAAGAACCUUUGAGUCUGUAGAAAGUUUUAAAGAACAUCUACAUUUUCAUGUUGCAAGUACAGGAUCACUUUCUUGUUACAUCUAUGGUAUAUGUUUCACAGAGGAUGAGGAGGUUUUGCUGGAAGAGCAAUCACAAACUGAAAUUGGAUCGCUGUCUUGUGUAAGAAACGUUUUGAAACUCGCCAGGGUCUGACAUUGCAUAUCAGGACUCUUGAAGACCGCCCCGACCUGGGCUUAUGACCUGCAGCCUGAGCCUGUCCAUAUUAUGCCUUUACAAGCAGUCUUUUUUUUAUUUUGAAGUUGUAAAAACAAUGUGAACGUGAGGGAGGCGUAACCUAUAUUGUCGUAAUCAAACUUGAUUAGAACACUACAGCAGUUUUUGUUGAAGAAAUGACUGAUAAAAUGCUCCAGUUCCAUAUCCUAGUAAAGGAGGCCUGAGUGAGGCCCAUGCACGUCUGCUGAAGGUCUGUGUAUACUGAAAUUCAUUUUUUUUUAAAAUAUCAAAUAAACUAUUGAAUGGAGA